AUGGAGACACGCUGGGCUGCUCGCUUCGUAGGUGCUGAAGAGAGGCCAUCCCUCCUCACGGAGCUGCCAAGCAUGUUCCACCUUUUCUCCCACUGCUGGUCGUGGCUGCAGGCCAUACAGGAACCCAUCAGAAAGGUGACCCUCCUCGUUGUGGGGCUGGACAAUGCAGGGAAAACCUCCAUCGUCAUGGACAUAGAGAGAGCGCUGGCCAGCGAGGUGCUGCCCGUGGCGCAGCCGGGCCAGACCCGCCUGCGGGUGGACAGGUUCGAGGUGACACUGGUGGACCUGCCUGGGGGCUCACGCUCCCGCAGCGCCUGGCGCAGCCACUACCGCGUGGCCCACGGGCUCCUCUUCGUCCUGGACUCCAGCGACCUGGCGCGGAUGGAGGAGGCCCGCAAGGUCCUGAGCCGCGUCGUGAGCCAUCCCGAUGUCUCUGGGAAGCCCAUCUUACUGCUGGCCAACAAGCAAGACGCGGCGACCGCCCUGCUGCCCUGCGAGCUGAUCGAGCGGCUGGCCCUCGAGCGGGACCCGCCGCCCCCCGGGGAGGGUGCCCGAGAUGGAGCGGGGAAGACCGAGGAGGACCGGCCGCUGCGGCCCGUCCGCCGCCUCCUCCCGCUGGAGGAGAGAACGAGGGGCCCCGGGAGGAGGAAGAGGAAGGCGAAGGUGAGAAAGAAGGGCUCGGGGCAGCCAAGCCCAGCCGAGGAGCCGGAGGGACCAGGAGGAGGGGGUGACAGCCGAACGGGGGCUGCUGGGGGGCUGCUGCCCUCCAACAGGGUCGGGCAGGAGGAGCCCGUGCCCACCAGGACGGCCACCCCCCACCCAGCGCAGGGCAUGAAAAAGAAGAAGAAGAAGAAAAUCAAGAAUAAAAUCAAGUCGCAGGAACCUGCCAUGGAGCAGCAGUACUUGUACCGCCGGGUGAUGCUGGCUCUGAAGAUGAGGCAGGAGCAGAGGAAGCAGCAGUCCGCCAUCGUCCCCUGA